GGCUCUAAUGGAGUCAACGACCCCCAAACUCCUCUUGAAGCUUAUUCUCCUCCUCUCCGUUUCUGGGUUCUUAUUGUUUCAACUGCUCCCUCUAGCCUUCCUUCUUCACAUCCCACCCUUAUCAUCACCAGCCUCCAUUAUUAAUUCUAAUCCAAGCUCUCUAUUUCCCAAAGAAGCUUAUCCCACCAAGUCAGGCUACCUCCCAGUCAAUUCCACCACAGCUUCUUCUAUUUUCUACACUUUUUAUGAAGCUCAGAGCCUCCUCUUACCCGAUCUCUCACAAACCCCACUCAUCAUUUGGCUCCAAGGUGGCCCUGGCUGCUCCUCCUUGUUUGGUAACUUCAUGGAGAUGGGUCCUUGGCACGUCAACCUUCACAAUCAUCAUAAUCAUCGUCAGCUACCAUCUUUUGUGCUCGAACCCAACCCCGGUGCUUGGAACAGAGUUUUUGGCCUUCUUUUCCUUGACAAUCCAAUAGGAAGCGGAUUUAGCAUCGCCUCAGAAGCUGAAGAAAUCCCAAGAGACCAACUUGCAAUUGCCAAACACCUCUACAUUGCCAUCACCAAGUUUAUUGAACUUGACCCAAUAUUGUUCAAAUCUCGUCCUGUUUAUAUUGCAGGCGAGAGCUAUGCUGGCAAGUUUGUGCCAGCAAUUGGGUACUAUAUAUUGAAGAAGAAUGAUGAGUUAAUGAUGCCUGAUCAUGAUCAUGAUCAGUCUCAGAUUUUAAUUCAUUUAGGUGGUGUUGCUAUUGGAAACGGGUUGAUAGACCCAGUGACUCAAGUGGCCACUCAUGCUGACAAUGCUUACUUCUCAGGCUUGAUCAAUGAGAGGCAGAGGAUUGAAUUGGAGUGGCAUCAGCAGGAGGCAAUCAGGCUGGCCAAAAUGAGGCAUUGGAGACAGGCAACAACUGCAAGACAUCAGGUGGUGGAUAUGUUGCGUUACAUGACAGGGCUGCCCACUCUGUACGACUAUUCAAAGAAAGCUCCUUAUCACAAAACCCAAUGGGUUACUGACUUUUUGCACAAUCAAAGGGUCAAGAAAGUUUUGGGGGUGAAGGAAUCAGCUGUGUUUAGAAACUGUAGCCAUGUGGUGAAGGUUGCAUUGUAUGAAGACAAUAUGAAGAGUGUGAAAUACAUGGUGGAAUUGUUGGUGAAGAGGAGCAAGGUUUUGUUGUACCAGGGGCAGUUUGACUUGUGGGAUGGUGUAUAUUCGACUGAGGCUUGGGUGAAGACCUUGCAAUGGGAGGAGAUUGGAAAUUUUCUAUCGGCGGAUCGAAAGGUUUGGAAAGUGAAUGGGGAUGAGCUUUCUGGGUAUGUGCAGAAAUGGGAGAGUUUGAGCCAUGUUGUGAUUUCAAGGGCAGGGCAUCUUGUGCCUGCUGAUCAGCCAUUGAAUUCUCAGGCAAUGAUAGAAGGCUGGAUUUUGGAAACAGGGUUGUUUAGCAAUGUGCAAUCUUGGUUUCCCUGAUGGAUGAUAUAUUAUUGUAAAAAUUCAGAGGUUAUUAUAGUACGCUUGCUCAAA